AUGGGUGCUGAUCAAUAUUUUUCCAAUUAUGCGGAUACCCCAACAGGCGAAUGGAACGAAGGGUUCAUAUUCAGAGUAUCAUAUCAUGCCCAGUUAUUCAAUACUAUCGAGUUUGAUUUGUAUGAUAAACCACAUAGAGUAUGGCCAUCUGCUAUGAAACACGUAGGUAAAGCAAAGUUGAAACUAUCGAGUCUCUCUGGAAGAGAAAAGAUAUUCGUAACCUUUUUACCUAUUUACGAAUAUCGUUCGCAUCGUUUGCUACCAGCAGAUUAUAAGCCAGUCUUGUCCAGUAUCAUUGAUAAAACUACUAUUUCCAAAAAUGUUGGAGAUCUUCAUCUAAUAGGAUCUGUACAAGUUAGAAUCAGAUAUCAAUUUCAACAUCCUGUAGACUCACCAAGAUCCUUGCCAAGUUUAUCAGAAAAGGGAGAUACAGCUUCCUCGCAACUUUCUAUAGCCAGUAAUAGCAGUGACAUAUCCUUUCACUCAGAAAAUCAAGCGCAAGAAAGAAGGACAUCAUAUGGUCGAGGCGACUUGGUACGAAACCAGAAUGACGUGAGUGAGAUAUUCCACAAAAGAUUAACUCGCAUCAUGUCUACUCGUAUACCAUCCGAGCAAGAUACUGUAAAUGACAUCCAUGGCGAAACUGUAUACAAUACAUAUCCUCGUCAUGAAUCGUCGCAACUUCCGUCUCGAUCGUCAUCUCAAGAACAUAUGAAUCAAAGACAUACUCAGGAACAUCAUCAUCACAUUUACUGGCUUUUUAAGUCAUUGAACGAUUUCCCAAAGUCAACUAGAGGCAGACGUUAUGGAUUCUCGCAAACAGAUUCUGAUGACCAUAUUCAUUUUAAUCCAGACAAUAUGGACAGUGCAUCUCAUAAAGAACACCACAAAGCCAGCCAUAAGGCGCGUAAAAAGGCAGAACAUAUUAUUCAUAGCGUCAAUUUUGGUGAUAGAAACUUUGCUUCACAGUGGAUGCAAGACUCAUUUGACGAUGUUGCAUUAUCCCAUCCUAUGGUCGACAAACUGAUUGGUAUGGUGGUUAGUAAACAAACGAGAGCCAUGGUCAGAGCAAUCAUCAAAACAGCAAAUGCAUUCGGACAAGGAUUUCGAGCCACUGGACUUCAGAUGCUGAAGGCAGCGUUAAUCAUUCAAAAGUUUUACGAGCUGCAACCGAUGCCACCUUUUUCAAAGCCUAUACAGAAUAUAGCCUUCAUCGAUGAUGCUUGCCAUUACUUUGAUUUUGCAUUGAUUGCUUACGGAUGGCGCGGACUAUGUUACUUGGGCGCUUACGGUCAGUAUGUGCGUGGAUUCAAGGAUCGUAGGUCCAAUAGAAUGGCAAUUAUUCGAUAUUUACAACUUAACCCAGAAGAUCUUCUUGGCUAUGAAUAUUCAUUACGCAAAGGUGCCUCCUUUCAACCUAGUUAUUAUGUAGCUAUCGAUCGUUCGCGAAAGGCUAUUGUGUUGAGUAUUCGAGGAACAUGGAGCCUCUAUGAUGCAAUUACAGACCUCGUGUGUGAAUAUGUCCCCUGGAAAGGCGGGUUAGUUCAUUCAGGCAUGUUGGCGUCUGCUCAGUGGUUUUAUACAGGCCUUAUACCUCAAAUAUUUCGAUAUAUUUACCAUCAUAAUGAAGAAUUAGAGCGAUUCAUCAUUACUGGACACUCAUUAGGAGGCGGCACUGCAAGUUUAUUGAUGAUGAUGGUUGCAAAUCACGUAGAUGAACUACGAAGUCUGACAAACAACCCUCUAUUUGAUGUUCAUUGUUACAACUACGCCCCAGCAGCAGUUUGUUCGGCCGACCUGGGAAAAAAGUAUGAGCAAUUUAUUGAUAGUUUUGUUUGCCAUGAUGAUAUAGUAGGGCGGUUAUCAUAUGGCUCAGCUAUGAAGUUAAAGGAGCUGAUAUUAGACACGAUAAGUACUUACACUACAUUAGGUGGUUUUAGAAAGGCAAGUACAUUGGCGCAUGCAGAAUCACGGAAAGUCUGCUUUGACAUUAUCUGCGAACGACUGAAGAAGCUGAACAAUGUGUCAGAAACGAUGUAUCCAUCUCUAUAUAUACCUGGUAAAGUCAUCCAGAUCCUUCGUGCUAAAGAGAGUAAACUUGGUAAAUUUCAAAAUAAGGAUGAAAAUGAAGACAUGUUCAAAAUAAAAAGUCGGCGAAGCUCAGUAACUGUGGUGGAAAACGUUUCAAAGCAUAUUCCUGGCACAGCUAAAGUACAUUAUACUUUACAUUACAUAGCAUCAGCUAUAAGUGAUGAAAUGACAUUGACAAAAACAUGUAUUGAAGAUCAUAUGAUAUCUGCAUAUCAAAAUGCUUUUGCAUCUAUCAAAGACCAUUAUUUGAAAGAUGAUUAG